GAAUUGCUGAUUCAAAUGGAUCAGUCAUCACACAUAUCUAUCGAAUUAUGUUGAUCUGCAAUUCCACGUGGCUUUCGAUGAAUCCUCCACUUUGCACAGAUUCAGAUUCAAUGGACACAUUAUCUUUCAUUUUUCCAAUAACCGAACAAUCAACUAUAGAUUGCAUGAACUCGGAUGACAUUCUUCUUGACUACACAGCGACGAUUUUUGAUGUUGAAAGAAUAUCUGGUUUCCAAUUCGGUCUUGGUGCUCUAAGCCAAAAUCAGAAUACAAUUAUUAGAAGGAAGAUAU